AUGCACGCAAAAAUAUUCCUCACUAUUCUCUUCGCGUCUGCUGUCUCCGUAUAUGCCUCUCCUCAACUUGAGGAACGUCAAAUCCUCAGCGGUGUCGUUUCCGCUAUCACAAGCGCAGGAGGCGCCGUAGCCAGUGGGGUGACUUCCGUUGCUGGUCAAGUCACAAGUGUGGCUGGUAGCAUAGGCGGGGACAUCACCAGUGAAGCUGGACAGGUCUUUCAAACCGUUACUUCUAUCGGCGGCAAGGCAGUCACCAUCGUCACUAGCGUUGGCGGUGACGCGAUCACCCUUGCUACCUCGGGGGCUGGUGUCGCUACGUCCAAAUUUGGUUCGGUAUACACUGUUGCCACAGCCGCAGCUGCUUCUGAAGCAAGCGCGGCAACGGGCAAGUCAAGUGCUGCACUCCCUAUCCAUGGCCUCCAAUCCAGCCUAAUCGUCGGUCUUGUUACCGUCGUUGGCAGUGCUUUGCUCGGCGCAGCAAUCACACUGUAA